AUGAUUGUAUCCACUCAGAGAUGGUUUGAAGUAACAGAAUUCACAAGGAACGUACCAACUUAUCACGGAGCAUGCGCUCGUCCAGGACUCCGUGCUUUACUUUCAGUACGCUUUACCUCUCAGAAUCGUCGAAAACUGCUCAUGAAGGCUAGAUAUGCUAGCCCAUCGGUGCCGUUGGUCAAGGCGCAAGAAGUUAGCUUGCUGUUGCCUCCGACAGCUCCCAGGCCAGCUGCACCACCUAGGUUGGCCCGCUACUCUGAAGCUGAGGCUGCUCUGAGGAGUAGUUUUCAGCGCUGUCAAGAUGAACCCUCUCCUCAAGAUUUGCAAAUCCGUGCCCUCAAAGCCGCCACAGCUAUCCUCAACAGCCGCGCUGAGGAUGUGCGAAGUGACCUAGUGAGGCUCCGAGACCUCCUUUCCAAUCGUGCAACAGACCCGCCUCUCUGCGAAGCUCUUCAGCGUGACCGAUGGAUGCAAGAGCGCUGGGAGGUUGUCAUCACUUCACAAUCAAAGACUGUGUCGCAGCACCUAACAUCUCUCGGUCAGUCCCCUGAUCUCGAUUUCCCUGAAGACAACGUUGGCAAUCAUUCCAAGGAAGACAAUAAUCUCUUGAGGUACUUUGAGAUUUCACAGAGGCCUAGCCCUCUGCGUACGCGUCGUCGUCGUCACGGUCCACGUUCUCUGCUCGACAAACCUACCUUUCCUCGAAGACAUAAACAUUCAACACUCCUUCCACUUGUCUUAAAGCCUCGGGAUCAUGACUUGAGAUGUCUUAAACCCGAACCCCUCACGCCCUUGCCUAUCCGACAUAAGGACAAACCAGCUUCACCGCCCCCACUUGCAUCGACCCGAUGCCACAGUCGUAACAAUAGUCUCGGAACAGCCGUUAUCUACAAGGCCGACGACCACGACCCUUCCGAGGAUCUUCUCUCAAAGGUUGAAGGUUCAAUUCCUGACUACGCCGUCGACCUCAUCGCAGCUUUCGACGCGGACCGCGACGUCGUGUUGCGAACCAUCUACCCCACGAAUCCAGUUGAAGCGGAAGCACAUCCACCCCCAUUGCGAAAAUUCCCUUCCAAUUGGCGUGUUUCCCUGCGAUCCAUCCCUGAAGGUUUGGUCGCUUGGUCCAAAAGAACACCACUUCCCAGCAAUGACAGUGGUGAGAAUUUUGAAUCAGAGGCCCCAAUUGCCGACAAGACGGUACUUUCCCGCGUGAAGCGCAGGCUGUCCGGGAUCAUAUCGUAG